AUGGAGGAGUCCUCGCCAGCUUCUUCGCCGGCCCCACGUCGACCGCGCCAGCAAUCACUUGACUCCUCCAUCUCUUCGUCUUCUUCAUCACCGCAUUCCCCGAUGGAGCAGUACGGCAUGGGCUUGGGCGGCGGGGCGCUCAGCUACAAGCGGUUCGAGGUCGGCCCGGGCUUCCUGGCGAGACGCAAGAAGUACAAGACGACGGAGACGACGAAGCGGAUCGAUCUGCGGCAUGAGACCGAAAGCGAGGUGGUGUGGUGCACGCUGUUCCUUCGCCGCUUUGGAUCAGAUUUCUGGGGCGAAGCCACGAUCGGUCCACAUCCAUACACCUCCGUGCCAGAGCGGGCCAACGCAUGGCUGGAGCAUCCCAUCAGCGACCUGUUCGCCCGCUUCUCGCUCCGUUCCGAACGCGAGAGCGAGGGCGAAAACGGCGAGAGCGAUGACGAGGACGAGGACGGCAUCGGCCACGCGGCGGCCUUGCGGGAGUUUGUCAGGUCGCAUGCCACCCGCGACGGCUACGGUGGCUGGAAGCAGGCCUACCGCCGCAUGCACGAAAUGGUGACCGAAUGGCGCAAGCCCGUAGACUCAGCAUUCAUCCUGGCAGGCCUUCCCUCAUUCUCCACUCUCUCCGCCAUCGCCAAUAUCAUCAAGGAAGAGGCGCUUAAGAGUUUCUCCUCGUUUGCCUCGUCAUACGCACCGGUACCGUCCGACGCCGACAUUCACCUUGAAGCCGAUAUCGUCAGCCCCGGGGGCAAGUGUAGGGUGAUCCGUGUGGCCUUUUGUAGCGCCAACGAGUGGGGCUCGCCCGUGCAGCGCCUUGCCAACAUCUGCGUCAUUCGCAGGCCCAGGAACUGGUACCGGGCCAAGGGCAAGGCCAUGUUCUGCGGCCUGACGAUCGAGGAAGGUUGGGGGCACACUCUCAAGCUCAUCUACGUGGUGAACGGCCAGCAAAUGGAGCGCAGCGAUACCUACCAGGAACGGGUGUACAGAGAGCUGCACGGGGUGCUGGGUGAAGGCAAGGGGCAGUUUGAGAAAGGUCUGGCGGUGGCUCUCUUCCUGGUCAACGCCUCGAGCACCGAAACCGCCAUCCAACGCCUCAAGGUACCCCGUAACGCAACUCCUCCUUUUGGUGAUGAUGACGACGACGACGACGUUGGUGGUGAUGAUGACGAAGAUGGUGAAGGCGGUGGUGGUGAGAUGCGCUGGUAUGUGGGCCAGUACACACUGUGGAGGCAGGAGAAGGUGGCCCGUGCCUUCGUGUGGCUCGCCAAGCAGCCAAGUUCGCGCCCGCACUGGGACGCCGAACAGCUCGUCCUCUGCGCCCUCUCCGCCGAUCCCUGA